CUCUCUGCUCAGAUCCCUCCUUCUUUUCCCUCCGUCGGACAGAAAGGGAGAAAAGAAAGUGGGGGAGUGUGCCUGGGCUUGGAAGAGGCCCCCCAUUCUCCCUAAACUCCCCAGGUGCGUUGGCCCCAUCCAAACACUUUAGCGAUGACCCAUAGUGUGAUCUGGGUUUUGGUGGCAGCAACAUGGGCCAUGGCCUCCCCUGCCCACGGCUGCAAUAAAGCCCUCUGUGCCAGCGACGUCAGUAAAUGCCUGCUGCAGGAGGUGUGCCAGUGUGAAGCCAACCGUGCUGGUUGUUCAUGCUGCCAAGAAUGUGCCUUUUGCCUGGGCAAUCUCUGGGAAUCCUGCUGCGAAUGUGUAGGGCUGUGUGAUGAGCGCCCCUUCGCAGCCCCUCGCCCUGCCCAGCGAAGUUCCAUGCACAAUCUGAUGUCUCCAGUGCCAUCUCUUUUCCGGGCGCUCACGGCCAUCUCUGACAAUGACUCUCCCAUGGGCUGGAGCAUCCUGACCCUGCCGGUGGAGGAAGAAAUGAAGCAGAACCAUGCAGAGACAGACCACCUCUUGCUGGGUCCACACACAGGUUUGGUUCUUCCAGAGUCUGACAGCCUCAAUGCCACAGCACCACCUUGCCAGUCCAUUUUCUUCAAUGAGUGCCUGUCCAUGAGCCGAUGCCGGACGGCCUGCCAGUCGGUGGGAGCCUGGCGUUAUCGCUGGUUCCACAACGCCUGUUGCCAGUGUGUAGGGCCUGACUGCCAGGGCUAUGGAGGGGCCGAAGCCAUUUGUUCCAAUUGCCGUAACUGACACAGUUUUUAUCUCUAUGUUUCCUUUCACAUACACACAUGCAGAGCCUUCUUGGCUGUCCUCUGCCUGAACCUUCCUCAGCCUCCCUUCCUUCUUUCCUGUUUCCAUCACCCUUUUAUCUCAGAGGAAUAAUGCAGUGAACAAGGCUAGUCAAAGCCAUUUUUGCUGCCUGAGGCAAAGCAGGGAAUGGCACACCCCAAACUCACCCAAACAGUGGCAGCUAGUAGCAUCCAUGUCAGGGAGCAGUGUUUCCACUCCAGGUUUGUCAUUGUUGUGUGCCUUCAAGUCAUUUCCGACUUAUGGCAACCCUGAGGCAAACCUGUCAUGGGGUUUUCUUGGCAAGAUCUGUCCAGAGAGGGUUUGCCAUUGCCAUCCUCAGAGGCUGUGACUUGCCCAAGGCCACCCAGUGGGUUUACAUGGCUGAGCUGGGAUUUGAACCCGAGUCUUCAGAGUUGUAGUCCAGUGCUCAAACUGCUACACCAUGCUGUCUGUAAGUUUAACCUCACUUUAAAGGAGAUGCCCAAAGUGCUGCGUCAAGUCCCCCCCCCCACCUCAAUGGCACCUUUAAAGUUCAGCCUAAGACAUGGAGCAACCUCACUAACAUCAAAACCACUAGGUGCCCAGGCACCCAAGUCAAAGGGCAUACUACCCAAAGCCAGCCAAAAUUUGGGUAGGGUAGGGUACAUAAGGCUGGAAGUCCUACAAACACCUCUCCCUGAUCUCUGGUAGUAAAAAUACACAGCAGUGAUAAAGUGAUUUGAUGCCCUUUUGGAGUGUCCAGAAUCUGCCACUUGAAAUAACUCUUUUUAUGUUGCUUAAUGAGAGAACCAUCCAUGAUUUGAAAGGUGGUUAGGCUGCAUUUGCCUGCAAAAAGAAUGCAGUAUGAUACCACUUAUACUGCCAUGGCUCAAUCCUAUGGGAUUUGUAGUUUUGUGAGAUAUUUGGCUUUCUCUGUCAGAGAGCCCUGAUCCCACAACAAACUAUAAAUCCCAGGAUUCCACAGUAUUGUGCCAUGACCAUUAAAGUGGUGUCAAACAGCAUUAUUUCUGCAGUGCAGAUGCAGGUAUUCAUGAACCCUUUUGUAUUAUGGGCAUCAUUAUUGUCUACAAGGGUCCAAAACGCACUGCAGAAAUAAUCCAGUUUGAGACCACUUUAACUGCCUUGGCUCAAUGUUAGGAAAUUCUGGAAGCUGUAGUUUUGUGAGACAUUUAGCCUUCUCUGUCAGAGCGCUCUGAGGCUUCAACAAACUACAGUACCCAGGAUUCCCCAUCACUGAGCCAGGGCAGUUAAAGCGGUCUCAAACUGGAUUAUUUCUGCAGUGUGUUUUAGAGCAGGGUUUUUCUCAGGUUCCCGAUGCAGUUGACUUAUUAACUCCCAAGAGCAUGGAAAAGCCACCUUUUAUGUUCCAGAAUCCCCCACAUAGGAGAUACUUGGCACUGUAGUUCAAAAAGGUGACUAUUUGGGGCUCUAAACCCCCCUCCCACUUUCAAGGAUAUUGUGACUGUUUAUAUUCUCCGUCCCGGUCUGUCUUAUAGGCAAGCUCUCCUGACCCCUUUCAUCCCCUACUGCUCCCCAUAGAUGUGUCAUAGCGAAGAGAGUUCAUUUCAUUAGCUGCUGCAGAAUUUGAAUCCUGUACCUAGAAAAGAUCUCUCACUAUGGUCACCAGGCAAGCUCCUCACCUCAGAUCUCUUCCCAGUCCUGACCUUUCUGACCUCCCCAAGCCUUUUGCUUUCUACAGACCUAGGUCAGACUGCCUUACUCCUACUUUAAACAUAAUAAAGAAACACUUUUGCCUUUA